GGCAACGUCACACAUACACAGUUGAACAAUGGCGGAAGAAGUAGUCAUUGAUAGAGGGUCAUCGUUUAUGGAUCCUUUUAAAGGUCUUUUGUUAACAUAUCUAAUGCCAGAAAAAUGUUAUGACGAGUUCUUUUUGAAUUUCAACUUUUUGGACGUACCAUGUCUGAAGAUUGUACUGAGCAAAGGCUUGGGGAUCGGCAUUAUCCUUGGAUCAGUCUUGGUAAAGGUGCCACAGAUCGUCAAGCUUAUUGGAGCUCAGAGUGCUGAGGGGCUGAGCUUCAAGGCUGUGCUGCUGGAGCUUUUGGCUAUCACUGGAACAAUGGCCUACAGUAUUGCCAACAAAUUCCCUUUCAGUGCCUGGGGCGAGGCUCUGUUCCUCAUGCUGCAAACGGUCACCAUUGGCUUCCUCAUUCAGUACUACGGUGGAAAAACAGGAAGAGGUGUCCUGUCGGUGGUUCUGUAUUUUGGCCUGCUGGUCCUCCUGCUGUCUCCAGUCACACCCAUGUCCGUGGUUGUCACCUUACAGGCCUCCAACAUGCCUAUUAUUGUCGUUGGCAGGCUCAUCCAGGCUGCUACAAACUUCCAGAAUGGACACACAGGCCAGCUGUCUGCUAUCUCUGUAUUCCUGCUUUUUGCUGGAUCACUUGCUCGUAUCUUCACAUCAUUGCAGGAAACUGGAGACUCCCUGAUGGCUCUGACAUACGUCAUAUCAUCUGUCUGCAAUGGCAUCAUUACUCUACAGGUCCUUUACUAUUGGAACACCUCCCCAGGGGCAAAGAAGAAAAAGGAGUAGACAAAGAACAGAACUGUGCUUUUUUUUUUUUUCUCACCAUAUCCAAGACUGACGCUAACCCAGAGAUGUCGUAACAGUGGAUAUACUGUAAAAUGCAUGUGGAGCCACUGGGAAAUGUGAGCUUUUGAAUGCUGGACCAAUACUUGACUGGGAAACAAACAGGGGAACAUACUGUAACAUACCAAAAAAAAAAAAAAAAAGCUUCAUCAUUGUUUUCUGUAGAUUUAACGCUGGUAUACUUACUUUCUGAUCACGUAGCUGAUGUAGUUGGAUGGGUUGAAGCCUGACAAUAGAGCGUCUGGUCCCAGCUCAUGCAGUUCAGAACACUUGUUACAUUCCUUUGAGCUACUUUUCCUCACAAUAAACAGUGUUCAGACCAGGGUAUUAUACUGUUUAGAAAUGGGUUAUGUAUUUCAAUCUUUAGUCAUUCGAUUACAUUCUAAUUUUUGGUUUUUAAUUGUUUCGAAAUGUUGUACCCUUCAAUGAUUUGGUGAACAUUUUUAAACUUCAUUGUAGCUCCA